GAAUGCCUUCGGUGUGUAGUUACCUAUGGCACCUUCAACUAGUCAGGUGUUUGGAAAAAUGACAGUAGUCUUUCGAGCUAUUGGGAUUCUCUUGUUGGGAUUCCAGUUUAGUCGCUCUGAGUUUUUUGACCCGUGUCCGCAUCAUAAUGGAUUUACGGAGGAGCAGGCAGAUGCACUGUUUAAGGACUGGCCCGCCAAUCUGAACUUGGCCAGCGUUAACAGGAGCCACAAGUGCUAUGUGACCUGCAUUUUGGUAUACUACGAUCUAGUGGGUUUCUCUGGAGAGCUUAGUCUGGACAAGUACUUCGACUCCGGAGUUAUUGACGAGUUCGCGUUCGCACCUACCAUGAGACGAUGCCGCGAUGAGUAUAAAAAAGAAACGGACAUUUGUGAGCACACUUUCGGUAUCUUCAACUGCUUUAGGCAGGAGAAAUUACUAAACACAAAGUAACUAAUCUACAUUAGUUAGAUAUAACAUUUAUAUUUAUAAGGCCAAUAGAAACGCCAAAAAUCUACCUU